AUGGAGCUCGACAGGGCCUCCCUCCUGGCCGUCUUGCAGCGGCUAGACAAGCCGGGGGACCUCGUGACCGCGGCGCUCGCGUCGCCGGUCAUCGCCCAUCUCGCCCGCGCGCCGCUGCUGUGGACGCGCUUUCUAUCAGAGCACUAUGGGCUACACCUGGAGGGCCCCGGGCUGUCGAGUGUUGAUUUGCAGGCAGUGUUUGCGCGCAUGGCAGCGGCGCGCAGCACCACCAAGCCCAGCGCGCUGCGGUUCCUGGCAGCAUACACGGACGGCGGCACAGACGGUGGCGAGGAUGAGCUGCAUUACUGGGCCGAGUGA